AUGGAGUCGAAGAAAAGAGGUAUUUCGCUGGAAGAGAAGCGUGAGAAAAUUCUUCAAAUAUUUUACGAUUCUCAAGACUUCUUCCUUCUUAAGGAACUUGAGAAAUUAGGACCAAAGAAAGGUGUGAUUACCCAGUCCGUGAAAGAUGUUGUCCAAAGUCUAGUGGACGAUGAUCUUGUUUCAAAAGACAAGAUAGGAACCUCUGUGUAUUUUUGGAGUCUUCCUAGCUGUGCUGGAAAUUAG